AUGGGCUUCGUAUCACGAAUGCUCACCUUCUUCGGGCUCAUCCUGCUCACACAUGCAGGCUACUCCGCGCACGAACACACCGUCCUCUACAGCAGCGCCCGCCUCGCCUCGCCCACCACCGCCCUCCCGCUCGACAUCACGAUCGAGGCCCUCGUCUCGCUCGCCGUCGUCUGCGCGGGCCUCGUCCUCGGCGCCGAGAAGCUGAAGCCGAUCAGCUGGAGCGAGUGGGCGGGCGAGAUCGAGCGGGAGGGCGGGCGGCGAAAUCCGUAUCUGCGGUUGGAGGAGAGGUAUGGGUUCUGGGACAUCAGGGCGAAGCGAAAGGAGUUUGCGGAUUGGGUUCGGGGGAAUGAUGCGCUGGAGGAGUUGAAGAAGUGA